UACACACGGAAGCUGGUAGACUUCGUCUACCAGCCCAGGAUGCCGCACUCCUGGGUCUUUAGAUUCCCCAGCUUCUUGCCCAGUCUGCUAUUUAGCAUCUUAGUAGAUCUCCAACAGGUAACUGGUGAAUGCCAACUGCACUACUUCUGCCCUGAAGGAUUUGAAUGCUGUGCCAAUGGCUGCUGUGUGAAGACAGAACAUUUCUCUGGCCCCAUGAGGACAUUUGUCAUCAGCUUCCUGGUCAUCAUCCCUCUCCUCUGUAUCUGUGGCUUGUCAAAGCGUUUGUGCCGAGCUUGUUGUGCCUCAGAACCAGAAUCCCCACCCCAGAGAGAGGUGCCGGUGUCUGUGACCUUCAGUAAUCCUCCUGUGUCCCCUGAGGUUCCAGCAUCUGCCCUCUUUGGACCCCCACCUCCCUACAAUGAGGUGAUUCAGAAGCCAGUCCUAUGCCCACCUGUACCUCCCAGAGAGCCACCACCACCUUAUACUCCAGUUGUGACGACUCGAAGUACUCACCAAGGAAUUGUCAACCCAGCUUUCUGAGCCAUAUUGGAACACCCUAGGAGCUUGAUGCUUAAUUUAUUUCUCUUGCGUCUGCCUAUUUAAGGGUGCCCUCACUUUUUUUAAAGGGGCCCUGGGCAUUACCUGGGCUAGGAAUCUUCUCCCUUUUCUUAGAGCUUUGAAGAUGGAGAGAGAGAGAGAGAAGCAAAUAGCCCAUAUUAAGAAAGAAGGCUCUCCAACAAUGGAAGGGGACUUCUUUGACACUCAGUAUAUUUAAGAAGAGGCUGGAUGAUCCACUUCCUGUCCCAGAAUGCUGAAAGAAAGAUUUCUGCAGGUGGGAAAAGCCCUUGGACUUGAGAGAUAGCCUUCCUCAACUUCAGACGGAGUAGACUGAGAUCCUGACCAGAAUCUCUUGAGUUCUAUGUGCUUGGAGGUUUGGUGGGGGUUUUAAAUAAGUCAAGCAGGAUCAUCCUCUGGCAUAAACAAGAUGUGUCUAGCCUGCUGUUCUAUAGUGCCCAAAGUUCCACAUUAGAGAGCCAUAACUUUGGAUAAAGCCUUGCCCCUUACCUGUGGGUUUUCCUGGGCAGAAUAACUCUUUAAUGUAAAGUAAAUUGCAUAUUAUAAAUGAAUUUUAAAAACUUUU